AUGUGCAAAAAUGGUGUGCACCAGAUCUACCUCACUCUGGAUGAAUGUGCCCAUGUGGAAGCUUUGGAUUUGUCUCUGGUGGGCUCUGAAGCUGCCAGCAGCACCUGCUUCGUCUCUCAGAACGAAGCAGCCCUGGACAUCGCUGGCGUCGCGCAGUACAGCGAUGCGCUGGGCCAUGACACCAUGUGGACGCUGGCGGUGCAGAUCCUCGGCAUCCGGCGAAUCAAAGGAGACAGCAUUUGGGAGGGCAUUCUGGCUCUAUUUGUCUCACAGCUGGGUCAGAUGGUGCUGUUGAUCGUUGCGGCAACAGUUCAGCUUCGAAUGUACAGCAGCCAACUUUUCUCGCGCUAUGCCGAUGUCUUUGUAGAAGAACCUGAGGAAGUGAUCUUGGCACGUGCACAGCGCUUUGCUACGGAGUUUUACUGCGGGGUGAAACUGGAAGAGCUGGCUUCAAGACACCGCUUGAAGGCGCUUGUGGAAAAGCUGCAUCGCACCAAGAAGAAGAUUCAGGAACGGCACGGUAUGCCCCCAGGUGCGCUGUGUGCAAAGUGCCGGCAACUUGCACCAGCUUUAGGUGAUACCUGGUGCACUGGGUGCACUUCCUGGGAGUUGUUGGGGCGCGAAUUGAGCGCUUCGUGGGACUCCAGUGGAGCCAGGUUACUUGCUGGUGACUUGGUUCUGAACGCGGCCAGGCAGGUAAAAGCCUUGCGCUCACUCAGCGCUGGCCUGACCCGUAGGGCCGAACAAGGGUCCGCUGGUGCAAGCCGCGCGGAACCGGCUGAACAAGGAGGACGAGAAGGAGCGCACCUGAGGGAAUCUUUGCCUCGAAGGAGGUCGAGUGAGGGUUAUUCUGAGCGGCCAAAAGAGGAGGAGUCUGACAAAGGAGACGAGUCAGAAGAAGAGGAGAGCCGCGGCCGCAGAAGGUCGAAGACCCCUGAUCACCGUCCCAUAAAGGAGGACCACAGUCCCGUAGAGAAGGUCGAGGACAUCGAGAAGAAAGAAAAGAAGGACAUCGAGAGGGCACCAGGAAACCAGGCGCCGAUUGGUGGGAGCUCAACUCAACACGUGAGAGGACGUUUGAGUUGGGGAACCUGUGCAAGUGAGAUGGCCUUUGUCAGUGGAGCCGAGAUUGAUUGUUACGACCACGAUCAAUGGAGUGCAUUGCAACCACUGGCUGGGAGUGUGGUGGAAUGUCAUCUACCCACUUCAUCACUGCGCUACACCGAGGACGAAUGGGCUGCCUUCUUUAUCACCCAGGUGGAGACGCGUCUGGAUGGAAGCUUGCUGCUGGGGGUGCACUUUAUGGGGACCCCCGAUGCAACGGUGGCCGACACCAUCGAGACUAUGUUGCGGCGUGGCGCCAAGGUGCACUUUUGCUUGAGUCGGCCCUGUCUCGACGUAGAUCCAGGGCACCACAUAGAGGCUCUGCAUGUCACUCGAGUCAGAAUUUGGGAGCGAGACGAUUUCGAAGCCGAUUAUCUGGUGAAAGGCAUCGCCGGGCUCAUGAAGAAAUGGAUCAAGGAGCUAGAGGGUGGCGACACCGGCGCCAAGAAGAGGCCUGCCGCCCGCACGCCGCGCGCCAAGAAGCCGCCUGGUGCUGGCAAAGAUGCCGGUGCACCCAAAGGCAAGCGAGAAGGCGCUGGUCGAUCUGGGCUUACAGACGAGAUGCGGGCCGAGCUGAGCAGGAAGCUGGCAGCCGCAAAGAAACGUCACAAGGCCCACAGAGAGGAGGCCGACGACCCUGGGGAGGAACCAGAGGAAGACGGGAGCAGCAUCGAGGAGGUAUCUUCGUCGCCAGAGGAUAUAGGUUUGGCCACUGGUUCGGUGCUGGACGGACCCAGGGAGAAGCACAAGGAGAAGGUGGCAGAGGCUCGGCACAAAGUUCAAGGAGCUCUGGAGGAUAUAAAAGAUUCCGCUACCAAGAGCUUGACCGGCCAGUUGGCCCAGCAAGCGGUGGCCCUAGCAGCUCAGAGGAGGAAAGAGAAGAAGAAAAAGAAACACAAGAAGAAGUCGACACAGACCAAGCUGGCCGAGGCAUUGAGUCGGAUCCUUACUGGGUCCUCAGCGGGGUCAAAGACAAAGAAGAAGAAGAAGAAGAAGAAGAAGAAAGACAAGAAGCGAAAGAGGAGAGUGACGAGAGAUGGGACGAUCGUGAGCUGCAGCAGCAGCUGCAGCAGCUCAUCCGUGCAAGAAGAGGAGGACAAGGUGUCCAGCGACACCGAUCUAGAAGCCCCCAUCAAGAAGAGGAGCAGAGACAACCCGGGAUCCGUUCUUGCGCUGUUGACAUCACACGUGCGCGAGACUAUGGAUCAAGCUGCCUUGACAGAAGUCCCAACAGGAGAGGAGUGUGUGACCAAGGGGGUGAAGAUAGCAACGUACUUUGCUGCCACGCUGGACCUCCUCAGGAGGGGGGACGUAGCCCGAGUGGGGGACUCCUUGGCAGCCAGGUUCAUGGCCUUGCACCAGGCCUUAUUGGACCAAAGCUGGGCAACGGCCCGCCACAUGGAACUUCACGCCAUGGAGGAGACAAGUGCCGGGUCGGCGGCAUUGGUGCUGGCCUCGAGGAAGCAUGGGAGGCUGGUGGAAAAAGUCCAAGGCCGAGGAGGAGGAAGCUGGCCCGGUUGGAGUGGCGGGGCCCGUGGUCGUGGAAAAGGCAGCUGGAAAGGCUCAGGAGAGGCCCCUUGGGGCCAAAGAAGAGAGAAAGGAAAAGGGAAAGAGAAAGGAAAGAAGGGCCGCGGCAAGAAUGCGGCCUGGGAGAACAAGGUAGGAGAUUGGGAGAAGAACAAAGAGAAGGCGGACGAGAAGGCAGCGCGAACCCGUGCUGCCUUUCCAAUUGGCGAGGGAGAUUUUGCACGAGCUCGAAGAGCUUUUCUUUCAAUCAGGCUGGAGGAAUCUGUCACGGAGUCCUUUGUGCUGGACUGGGCUGAGAUGUCAUGGGCUGUUUUGGCCUGCCACGCUUGCAACACGCUCUGGAAUGGACCUAAGCCUUUUGUUACGAGGGCGUGGAACAAACAGGAGAAGUUGCUGGUAGAGGCCGUAGGAGCUUCCAUCAAGAGGAUGAGGCGCCACGGCCAGGCCGAAUGCAACGACUUGGAGAGCCUGGAUAAAGAGCUGCGGGGGCGGAGAGUAGACUAUAGCGGUGAGGAAGUAGGUAUUUGCCACAGGGGAGAACGGGUGAUGAAUGGCCUAUUUGGAGCGUAUGAUGGAGCCCCUCCGGGAGAUGCUGGUACAGUUUGUUUGGCGUGCAACGUUUUACCAAUGGGCUGGGGGUCCUCGGUUGCUAUCAUGCAAGAAGUGAGUGAAAAGCUACUGGAGUGCCCGGGGAUCGCGCGAGAGUCGCAGCUGGUCCGAGGGCGAGCAAUACCACUGUGGAUGGCAGGGCUGGUCAGUGAGGCGGCCACAACAGGGAAAGCAUGGUGGCAUGUAUAUUUGGACAAUUUUGCAGCUGGUGAAGUGGGGCCCAUAGGAACGAGUUUUGACACUGGGGAAAUGAUUCAUCAACGAGCAGAAGAAGCAUGGGAGAAAGCAGGUGUAGUUUCGUCAGCCAAGAAGCGGAAGUCCAAGGAGAUAACAGGGCAAGAGCUAGGCGCUUUCUUUGCAGGGGAUGAGAGAACCAUGGGUCCCUCUUGUGAGAGAACCAUCAAACUGGUGCAAGCCACUGUCUGGCUUCUCAGCCGGCCACGACUUUCAAAACGACUAGUGCAAGUUAUAGCUGGCCGCUGGGUGCAUGUGUUCCAGUACAGGCGACCGACCAUGAGCCUGUUGGAAGCAACUUGGGAGUAUGUGAGCUCCAAGGGCAUACGCUUGGAGUUGCAGUCCAGGGUGAGACGGGAGCUUUUCAGUUGUUUGGGUGCAAUACCUUUUUUACAAGCUUUUCUUGGGGCGCAGAUCAGUGGAGUCACAACAGCAUCAGAUGCGUCACAUUGGGGGGGAGCUGUCGGAAUUAGUCGCUGUUUAACUGAGGUUGGAGAUGAUUUUCUACGACACUGUACCUCUACACCCCCUCUGAAGACAAGUGGUUGUUUGGUGAUAUCAUUAUUCAAUGGUAUAGGGGGCGCUUUUCGUGCAUACGACAUUAUUGGCGUUAAACCACUGGGAAUGGUAGCCUAUGAUGUACAUGCCCCAGCAAAUAGGGUGACUUCACGACGCUGGCCCACAGCUGAACUGCAUGGUGAUGUGCGCACAUUGGACAAGGCCCAGAUUGAGCUAUGGCUUCUGAAACAUCCUGGUUUGACGGAGAUACAUUUGUGGGGAGGUUUUCCUUGUGUAGACUUGUCUUCAGUGAAGUUUGGUGCGAAGGGUUUGUCUGGGCCGCAAUCUUCACUGUUUUAUGAACUACCCAGGAUUUUGAAACUUUUGAGGGAGACUGUACCUUCACAUGUGGUGAUCAAGUACGUAGCAGAGAACGUAGCGUCGAUGCCAAAAGCAGAGUGCGACAAGAUCAGCGAAGUGCUAGGAGUAGUACCCUAUCAUUUCAAUUGCGUCCAUGCAGUUCCGAUGCAGCGACCUAGGUUGUGUUGGACAUCGGAGACAUUGGAAGAUAGCAUGACUGGACUGACUUUCAGAACUCAGCAGCAUUGGACAGAGGUGGAGGCUUUUGCGCCUUACCCGGAUAUGGAAGACUGGAUAGAACCCGGCUUCGACUGGCCAGGGGGGCACCAGGGGUACACGCUACCCACAGCACUGAAGUCAAUCAAGAGAUCAAGACCCCCUCCAGCUCCAGCGGGGAUAAAUCGAUGUGAUGAAGAUACGUUGGCACGUUAUCAGGCAGAAAUUGUGGACAGUUUUGUCAUGUAUGCCAUCGCCCACCGAGACCUCUCUUUCGCUGCCAUGAUGGUUUUAGGUUUUUAUGGACUCCUUCGAACGGGGGAACUGAUGCAGAUACGGCCGUCUGAUAUUCUGGUUGGAAGACGGGCUGCCGUCAUCAGUCUCAAAGACACGAAGUCAGGGCUUCGCAAUGCAGCUCACGAGACAGUAUCAAUAACAGAAGACCUGGCGCUGGAGAUCCUCCGAGCUGCCAUUAGUGAGAGUAAGAACUCCCGUUGCGCAGCCAUGCUGAAACCGGCUUCUACGAAACAGGUCUCUGAUAUUCUCAAGUAUGCGAAUGAGAAGAACCUGUCGGUCGUCCCAAUGUUGAAAGACAAAGAGUCUGCCAGUAAACUGGAGGGGCAGAAAUGCAUUUGGAAACCUGUUUUAACUGACAACCUCGUGGAGUUACUCAAGAGCGCCAAUGAAGAGACUGGUGCAACAGGAGUUGGUCCUUUGCAUGAUGAGUUGGUGCUGUCCGUCCUUCGGGCUACGCAGCUGGACACCUUGGAUGAGAGGAAAUCUGCGAUCACUGAGCUGCAGGCCUUGUUGGAACUUCCGGGAGAUCAGCAGUCGGUGCGGAACCGGAUCCGGUAUAUGAUGAACAAAAGCCGCGAGGAGGAAGACGUUGCCGUUGAGGAGCUGCAGCUCAGUUGCGGCUUGGUGAAGAAAGAUGCGGAAAAGGUGAUCAAAAUGUUUGCCUGCAAUGUGGCCAUUGGCAAGCAGUAUGCCCACUUGCUGAAGCAGAUUACUUGUGGCCGAUUGAAUGCAGAUGGAAUCAUCCUUAGGAAAGAGGUUCAAAAGCUGAUCGACUCAGUUCAGUUGUAUCAAGACAGUCAACAGGGUCCGCGCCGUCACAACGUCGGGCUCUUUGCGACGAAUGUCUCUAGCACCGCUUCGCUCAAGGUGAACACGGGGCAAUCAGGCCUCCGUUCGAGCACCGAGAGCGACCCUGCCAUGGUGAAAGAGGAGGAGGAGAAUGGAUGUCAGGUUCUUUGGGAUCGCAUCAAGGGCUUCGUAGGGCCCUACUUAAAGGCCAUCGCCGAGUGGUGGGAAGGCUUCAAGUGCAGCCAGUUGCUGGCGCGCCUCAUAGUGGAUCACGCCUUUCUGGGCUUAGACGAGGAACUGUAUCUCGUGGACGCGGAACGGGUGGCGCGGGAUGAAUUGUGCGAGCACCGGCGAGGCAACAACUUGCCGCGAAUUCUGUGGAAAAUCCUGUUGUCCAAUGCGCCCAUCUUAGCCGCGCUCUUCUGCACGUUGGCGUUCCUCUUGAACCGUUCGGUGUUGGAUGCCACCCGUUUGCUGAUGGUGACGUUUGCCUGCUUGCGGCUGUAUCCUUUCCCGGCAAAUUGGCUUUGGUCCUUUCUGAAGUACUUCUCCGCAGUGCUGUUGGUGCUACGAACGCUCUAUGACCUUCCAGUGGUCUGCGACAAGGGGGACGCAUCCACAAUUUUCCGCAUUUUGGACAGCUUGAAAUCAGCCGAUACCAGGCAGCUGGACGAAUACAACUAUUCGCUGGGCAUUUCAAGCUGUGCAAAAUCCACGAUGUGGCAACAUGCUUUGGGCCUGUUCAGGGACAUGCCCGAAGCCAAAGUUCAAGCAGAUGUGGUUUGCUUCAGCGCAGUGAUCAGUGCGUACCAGAAGGCCUCGCAGUGGCAGAAGGCCCUGACUUUCUUGAAUGAAAUGCCUGGAUGGCGCACGGAUCCCAACGGAUUUUGCUACAGUGCCGCCAUCACAUCAUGUGAAAAGGCUACCCAGUGGCACCAGGCGCUUCAGCUCUACGAGAGGAUGUCCGUUUCGGCGGUGCCUGCGGAUGUGGUCAGCUUCAGUGCUCUGAUGAGCUCCUUGGGGAAGCUUGGGAAGUGGAAGGUUGGGGACUUCAGAAAAGGAGAAUGUGGAUGGAGUUGAU